AUGGACAGACAAAGAUUCAGGGCUUAUUGCGAACCCAGCUCCUCUGAAGAAUCCGAGGAGGAAAAUCAAGAUCGAUUCAAUAAAAAGAAAACCGAACAAGAAAAGAACACAGUUGGACCAGCUGAAAGCAAAGACAUAGCCCAAAAUUUAAACACACCAGUUAAGUCUACAUCAACUCGCGCAGACAUGCUUAAAUACUGUGGCCUAAACUUAACACGGCCUCCAUCAGAUCCAGAGCUUAUUGCAGCAUCGAAAAAAAGACUCAAUGAUUUCUUCGAACAAUAUGCCCAUUUUCUUGAUAUACCACCAACUGAGGCAUCGACUAGCUCGGUUAAACCCGCAGCUUCUUAUAGUUUGUCCGAGUUGGAGGAAGAAUUGAAAAAACCAGUUCAAAAUGGAAGUCCUAAUAGAACUCCUGCUCAAAAUCCUAAUAAAAUCAACACUCCGCUUACUUCAUCUAGUGAUAAUUUCUACAAACAAUUAAAAUCUGAUUGGGCUAAGACUUUUUCUGAUGCAGUAUCACCUAGCUUUGGUAAAACUGUCGAUUUUCACUGGUUCUCCGACGAGGGAGAAUCAUCGGGAGAAUCAGAAAAAUCAGUUGAGGCUGGAAUUCCUAAUAGAAGUCCUGCUCAAAAUCCUGAUGAGAGCAGCUCUUCAAUAACUCCAUCAUCACCAAAGCCUAGCACCAGUAGCUCGAUAACAUUUGUAAAGAAUCUAAAUGAACCAACAGAACCUGCACAAGAAUCAGAAAAAUCAGUUGAGGGUGAAGUUCCUAAUAGAAGUCCUGCUAAAAGUACUUAUAAAAUCAGGGCACCGAUAACUCCAUUAUCACCAAAGCCGAGCACCAGUGGCUCGAUAACAUUUUUUGAGAAUCUAAAUGAACCAACUCCAUCAUCACCAAAGCCUAGCACCAGUGGCUCGGUAACAUUUUUUAAGAAUCUAAUUGAACCAAGAGAACCUGCACAAGAAUCAGAAAAAUCAGUUGAGGGUAAAAGUCCUAAUAGAAGUCCUGCUAAAAGUCCUGUUGAAAACCCCAGUGACUUGAUAACAUUUGUAAAUAAUCCAAAAAAAAGGAUAAAACGAGCAUUAAAAGAACCUCAACAAGAUUCCUUUGAUGCCUAUCUAGCAUAUAGACACUAUAAAUUAUGUGGGCCUAACUUCUCCAAAGAAUGUUUUGACUAG